AUGACGCGCACGAUCCACGGCGUCCUCGCCGCGGUCGUCUUCGUCGUCGGCUACGCCGCGGCGGUCUCCGAGGAGCGCAUCGGCCGCGGCUUCAAGAAGUCGAUUCCCAUCACCCUCGCGGCGGGCGCGAUAUGGCUCCUCGUCGCCCUGGGGUACAAAGACAAAGGCCACGCCGUGGAGAUCGUCACCGGCGCGGCGCGGCAUAAUCUCACCGAGUUCGUGGAGGUAUUCCUCUUCCUCCUCGUCGCGAUGGCGUUCGUGAACACGAUGAAGAAGCUCAACGUCUUCGACGCCAUCAGAGCGUGGCUCGUCGAAUCCGGGUUCUCCUACCGCGCGUGCUUCUGGAUCACCGGUCUGAUCGCGUUCUGUUUAUCCCCGAUCGCGGAUAACCUCACGACCGCGGCGCUCAUGGGCGCGGUCGUGAGCUCGCUCGUCGGAGGCGGAAACGGCGGGGCGACGAAGGAGGAUCGCGAGUUCGUGUCCACGUGCUGCGUCAACGUCGUCGUGGCGGCAAACGCCGGCGGCGCGUUCUCGCCGUUCGGGGACCUCACAACGCUCAUGGUGUGGCAGCGCGGGAAGCUCGGGCUGAUCGACUUCCCGAAACUGUUCGCGCCCGCGCUCGUGUGCUGGCUCGUGCCCGCGGCGGCGAUGCACUCCAAGGUGCGGUCGGGGUCGCCGCCGAAGCUGGCCGCGUCCGCGUCCGAGCCCGGCGGCGGCGACGACGACGCGAGCGGGGAGCUCAAGCCCGGCGCGUUCGUCGUCAUCGGGAUCUUCGUCGGCACCGUCGUCACGACCGCGUGCUUCCACUCCUACGCGCACUUACCCCCCGUGCUCGGGAUGAUGACCGGGCUCGCCGUGUUGAAUCUCUACGGGUGGUGGAAAGGACGCGAGGAGACGGGCGCGGGGGGUGCCGUGCCGGGUGCCGACAGAGCGCUGGACAUCUUCAAGAGGCUCGAGCAGACGGAGUGGGACACGCUGAUCUUCUUCUUCGGGAUCAUCAGCUGCGUCGGCGGGCUGGGCGCGUUCGGGUUCUUGCGCGAGAUCAGCGACCAUCUCUUCGGCGCGUACGGCGCUAACGCGUCGUGCGUCUACCUCGGCGCGCUCUCCGCGGUGCUGGACAACGUGCCCAUAAUGUUCAGCGUGCUGUCCACGGACCCGGAGAUGAGCUCCGCGCAGUGGCUGUUGCUCACGCUGACCGUCGGCGUCGGCGGGAGCUUACUCAGCGUCGGCUCCGCCGCGGGGGUCGGACUGAUGGGCGCCGCGCCAGGCUACACGUUCAACUCGCAUCUGCGGUGGAGCGGGGUCGUGUUCGUUGGGUACGUCGCGUCGAUCGCGACGCACUUUGUCGUCAACGGCUUUUGAAGCGAGCGAGCGCGUUUCGAACGCGCGCGCGUCGCUCGGCUCGUUGACGCGAGUGAUGAGGGCAUUAUUACGGGUAAGUUGUUUAGAAAAUUGAACGAACGCUUCGAAUGUU